AUGACCGCCUCAGCACCCACAAUGAAAGCAUGGCUAUACAGCCGCACAAGUGGCGGUCUAGAAAAGAACAUGCACCUGGACCCAUCAGCACGCACGCCCCCGCCCCCAAAACCCAACGAAGUCCUCGUCCAAGUCCUCGUCGCAUCCCUAAACCCAGCAGACUAUAAGGUCCCCGAGAUGUUUUUCGGCCUAGCCGCAAAGCUUGUAAUCGGCACACCAGCGUCACCAGGCAUGGACUUCUGUGGACGGGUAAUCGCCACAGGAUCAUCCGUAACGCGCUUCAUAGCCGGCCAGCUCGUCUUCGGGUGUUUGAGUCGCCCGGUGAAGUUCGGGUCGCUGGCAGAGUGUUUGUCCGUUUCUGCGGAUUUGAUUGCGGCAGUUCCAGAAAGUGUCUCGGCCGAGCAGGCUGCUGGGAUCGGGAUUGCGGGACAGACGGCGUUGCAGUCGUUAGAUGGGUACGUGAAGGCUGGUGACAAGGUAUUCGUUAAUGGAGGUUCGGGUGGUUGUGGCCUGUUCGCAAUUCAGAUCGCGAAGGGGAUGGGCUGCCAUGUUACUGCUACCUGUUCGACGAGGAACAUUGAGCUCUGUCGUGGGCUAGGUGCUGAUGAGGUUAUUGAUUAUACUGCUGAGAAGAAUUUGAGUGCGACGCUCCGGGAACGAGGUGCGGUCUUUGAUCAUAUUUUGGAUCAUAUUGGUUUGCCUUAUGAUCUUUACUUCCAGUGUCAUCACUUUUUGCGGCCUGGAGGAGCCUUUUUGCAGGUUGGUGGUAAUAAUAUCAUGGAUACUCAUGUGGCGAGAGUUGGGUGGCCAUCUUUCCUUGGUGGUGGGAGGAGAAAGUACAAGAUUUUCUUUUUUGCUAAUACGCAGGCGCAUGUUGUUGCUAUUGGAGAGAUGUUGAAGAAAGGGACUUUGAAGGUGCAAGUGGAUAGUGAGUAUGAGUUUGAGGAUGCUGUGAAGGCAUUUGAGAAGUUGCGUUCAGGAAGAGCUAGGGGCAAGGUCUUGGUGCAUGUGUCUAAGCAAUGA